AUGCCGAAUCUUCUGGCGACCGCCUCGCAAGUCGCCAAUUCUUUGUCAAAUCUUAAAGCCAAAUAUAUAAAGUAUCUGGAGACACUCUGCUCGGCCAAUGGAAUCGAACUGUCGACGCUCAAAGUGAGGAAACUUUCAGAUUCUUUGGUAAUGAGUUAAUUCAGACGGAAGGGGAAGCUCAGAAAGUGCUGGAAAUGUAUUUCGGCGGUCUUCCCGUGCUCGUCGGCCUCAAAUACUUCUCCCAUCUCUCGGUGCUCCGUCUUUUCGGCCAGCAAAUCACCUGUCUGAAACCGCUGGGCGAAGUGGCGCCGACGCUCGAAGAACUGUGGGUCUGCGAGGGAUCCGUCAAGGAUCUGGCUGGAAUCGACCAUUGCGUCCGGCUCAAGAAACUUUUCUCUACGAGAAUUCCAUAGAAGACGCCGGCUGUUUGUGCGCGCUAACUUCUCUUCAACACCUCAACUUGGCCAGUAAUAAACUGAAGAAUCUCUCGGUAAGAUAGGGAAAAAUGCCGUAGUCCCUCGGAAAUGUUUCUAAAUAUUAUGAGGAUUCCAAAACUCGUUUUCAUUUUGGAACAUUAUUUCUAGAACUCGAGAAAAUCGCAAUUGAAUUUGCAUUUCUACGGAAGUCAUUCCCAAUUCCGGUUUCCGAAUUCCGUCAAAUUGUUUCUUGCCAACACUGCACGUUGUCCUUCCAGACAGAGCCGGAAAGUACCUAGAAAUCUUUGCUCUAACAAUUAUUUCAGUUCCUACAUGCUCUAAAAGAUCUGACCAAUCUCUCGUUGGCUGACAACAAAAUGAAAGACGCCGGUGAGUCCGCUCCCUUCUAAAAGUGAUGCAUUAGUAACCGAUGGAAACUUCUAGUGUUACUGACUGCCACGUGGCCGGAGAACGUGCAGCACCUGGACGUCUCCGCCAACCGCCUCUCCUCCAACCGGGCGCUCUUCCCACUCACCGUUCUCUCGUCUCUCCGAUCCCUCCAUCUCGAUCCCAUCACUUCCCAACUGGCCGUUGCCCCAAAUCUCUUCUUCUCCUGGAUCGCGCACUCCUUCCGAUUCAUCGAAUCCGUCGACGACGAUCCGAUCGCCGAGGCAUUCGUUCCGACCUUCCGUCCGAUGGUCGACACGAUCUUUGCGGAAAAGUUGGCGAAAAUGGCGAAAGCCGACGAGAAAUACUACAAGGAUCUGCGGAUGGCGGAGAAACAUUCGGGGAAGAUCGAGAACCGACUGGCGUGUCUGGCCGAGGCGCUCACCGUUUUCAGGGAUUCGAUGCAGACGAAGGACGCGAAGAAGGAGAUUGUGAAGAGAGUUCACGAGAUAUGCGGCAACAAUUCGAAGGCGGUCAGGAACAUUAAAAGUAUUUGGGGAUGGAAAUGGGGAACAGGGAGUAAGACUUCCAGAGAACUACACGACGCUGUGUGAUUAUGUGAGGGCUCUUGCCAGAUAUCGGAUCGCCUGUGACAUGGAAUCCUGCCAGACAUUCCAAUUGAGAGACGGCACUCCAGAAGAGGUCGCGUUCAUCACUCAGGCACUCAAUUACACUUGCUCCAUGAAGAAUUCUUACAAGGUGGACGGAAAAGCUUUUCAAAAACGCUUCCGUACAAUCAGUUUCAGAUCAUCAUAAAGUCGUGUUCGCUUGUUGGAAACGUCUCGAAAAGCGAAGUGGACAAACUGUUCAUUCUUGAGAAAGAUUAUACGGAAAAACUGUUCGAUCUUCGCAGCAUAUUCCUACUCUUGGAUAGAUUCAAACGGAAGGACUACACGAAGCACGCGGUCAAGUUGACAAGGGACUUUGAAGUGAUAAAGAAGCAGGCCAAGGAGAAGACGAUAAUAUUCUUCAUUCCGAUGGUUGUCUCGAGGAUGGCGACUGUUCGUGGAGCCCCGAAAUUCAUCGAUGAGGACCGAGUCACCUCUUCCUCGAACGACAAUCUCGGCUGGUCAGAUGUCGGCCUCGUGGCUGUGUUGGCGGUGGAAACACAGCCGGUGGGACAGCUGACGACGGAUCAAUUGAGGCACAUGGAUCAGUUUGAGGAGUCGUACAACGAGCAACUGAAGAAGUUGAACGAAAUGAACAUCCGGUUGGAUGUGAAGGAGGAGAGACGGAGAAGAAGUGAAGAGACAACGGAAGCAUCCAUCGAGGCGAUCAGUAGCCAGCAAUCGAAAGUUCGAAAGUGUCCGAUGUGCUCGCCAACAUGAGCAACUUGAUCGGGAGGGCUUGUGAUGAGAACCUGCCGUUCGAUUGGUUCACCAUCAGAAGCCCUUUGGAAGUGGCGUUGGCCUACUUCGACUUCAAACCGAUCAAAGAGAUUGGCGAUCUGGCUGUAAGCAGCAACGACAGAUAUUUGAAAGAAUAGAUGAACUAUGAUUUCAGAUGCGGUUGACCGCUCUGGAUCUCUCCGAACAGAAGCUGACCAAACUGGCAGGUCUUCAGGAGUUAGUCAGUCUGCAGUUUCUCUCCAUUCGCAAGAACAAGUUGUCUUCGUUGAAAGUGAGUUCUAGUUAAUUGUACAAUGACUACAUUGAGCUCACAGAAGCUGAACCGUCUUCCGUGUCUCAAGCUGCUCGACGCCUCUUUCAACCAUCUCUCGAAGAUCGAGCAGAUUCCCAGCUCGCUUCUCCACGUAGAUCUCAGCCACAAUCGCUUGCAUAACUUAUCAUUUUGCCAGUUUAUGGGGGUACUCGGAAAGCAGAUAUUAUUCCUACUGUCGUUCUAUUUCAGAACACUAGACACUUUCGUGUGUAUCGAAAUCAGAUAAAAUCACUAAAAGGCAUCGAGUCAUGUGUGCAAUUGGAAAGCCUAUUUAUCAAUGAUAACUUGCUGAAGGAUAGAAAUGAACUGGAUUUACUGAAGGCAAGUACUUACACAAACAAGAAGUAUGAAAUGUUUGCAGACAAUUCCCAAACUGACCCAUUUGGAUGUGUCUGGUAACGCGAUUAGCUCGACGGAAGGCUACAGAUUCCGAGUGAUGCAGGCCGCACAGUUCUUGAUUUCACUCGACAGACAGAUGGUAACGGGAAUGAGAACUAAGCUUGGGGAACGGUAAGAAUCAUUUCAGAUUCCUCUGGAAGAACGACACGUGAACACUAUGAAACAGAACACCCGCGGAUUGAGUUUGGAACUCGUCGAGAGAAUGUAAACGGAUUUGGUGAAGUUUGAUUAGGAGAACUGGUUUCUUUUCAGUUGUCCGGAGUGGAGAAAGAAAAGAGAGCUGAUGAUUUGCGAUCAGAAAGUUGAACAGAUCAUUCUGGAGAAGGCGCAAAUUGAGGAGUAAGUUUAAGUUCGUGUCUUUAUAACUUUGGCCAUCAGACUUUCCCACCUUCGCCUCAUCGAUCUGUCCAAAAACAAACUGUCCAGCGUCCGCGAGAUCAGCUCCCUAAAUAUCACUCAUUUGAUAUUAAACAACAACUGCCUCAAGAACAUCGCGGCAUCCGACGGACAGGGUCUGCAGCCAUUCCAAUGCCUCGAGAACCUCGACAUCUCCUACAACUCCAUCAGCAACACGAGCAUCCUCCGCCUCGGACUUCCUCUCCUUCUCAAGUUGAAGCUCAUCAAUCUGUCCUCGAAUGCGUUGUCUCGUUUCGAUUGUGCUCUGUUCGAUCUUCCCAACCUGGAGUCCGUGGAUCUCAGCAACAACUCCAUUAAGACCAUCGUCCGCCGGCCACUUCGCACGUUGACUUCACUCAACUUACAGAACAACCGACUAACCACGCUCUCCCCGCUUUCAUGCUCAAAUCUGAUCUUUCUAGAUGUUUCGAACAACAAGUCUGUGACACUGAAACCUUCAAAACUCGAAUGUUUCACUCCAUUUCCAGAUUGGCCUCGUGUGCUUCAUUGAAACCUCUCUGCGAGUGUAAAUGUUUGGAGACCCUGGAUUGUCGCAACAAUUCGGUGACGGAGCGAAGGGUGUACGUGGACUUUAUAAAAGCACAAGUACCAUCCGUGAAGCAUCUGGAUGGCGAAUCGAUGGGCACCGAGAUCGAUGUGACCAAACGGAGACUCUCUCGGGCGAGUGACCUGGUUUCGAUGAACAGAAGAGGAAGCAUGGUCACUUCUUCGAUGCUCUCUUGGUUUGAACAGGAAGAAGGCGAGAGUUUGGACACUGUGCGGAGGGCCACGAGUUUCUUGGAAGUCUCCACGCCACCAGAGCCACCGUUGAGACCACGACGUCUGACGCCAUUGCCGGGCCGGGGAAAAUUCACGGACGAUGGAUUAGGGUUCAUGUUAUUGGGGACCAAGUAG